CCUCCUCCUCCUCUUUAUCCAAAUGGAGAGAGUUCCUUUUUUCUCCCCCUUCUUCAUCUCAUCUAUUGAAGCAAGGGAACUGCUGCUGGCUGCUGCUGCCGCUGCUGCACACAGCAGAGGAAGAAAGAGAGCGCGACGCACGCAUCUAGGAGAGAAAGAGCGGGGGGAAAGCAGCCGGGAGGGCUCUUAGAGACAGCUCUGCGCCCAGACAGAAUGGUACAGCGCACCGAGACAGAGCAGCAGCAACAGAAGCAACGGCGGCGGCGGCUCUUGUGAGAUCAAGGCUUUCGUCAGGCUUCGCUGGUGUGGCGAGAAAGAGAGCUCGGGCAGAGUCCGGCUUGGUUUCCAGCAGCCGAGCGGCGAGGAGCUUGGAGAGCAACUCGAGCCGCAGGCGAAGCGGUCCGGGGAAGGAAGGCGAGCGCGCUGAGAUUGCCUGGCUCCGCUCACCCGCGCACCCUGGAUGUGGGAAGCAGCAGCGGCGAAGACCUCCGGAUCCUCGCGAAAUGUUGCAAUGGAAGGCUCGGAGUCUGACUCGCCGGGAGCAGCUACAGCGGCAGCAGCGGCAGCAGCGGCAGCCAACGCCGUAUGAAGCGGUCUGUCAGCAGCAGCAGCGAAUCUCCGCCAACCCAGCCUUUCCCCGGUCCCUCUGGAUCGUCCCGCAGCAGCAGCAGCACGCUGGGGGAAACCUCAGAAGACCCAGCCUUUGGGUCGCCAAAACAACAGCAGCAGCCGCAGCGGCGGCGGCUGUGUGGCGGCAACAUGGCCUCAGCUGUUAAUGCCUCGGAGCCGGAGAGCAGCGGCGACUGUGGUGCUGGUGGUGGCGGCGGCUGCAGAGUGCCAGAUCGGCUGGGGAGAAGCGGCAGUAGAAGGCGGAGAAGGAUAGUGGAGAACAGACGCGCCGCGCCGCCCGAUCUGGAAUAUCUGCAGCGGCCGAGCUACUGCGAUGCAGGGUUCGCCUUGGAGCAGAUAGCAAAGGGGAGAGCUACUGGAAGAAAAGCGCCGCUGUGGCUGAGAGCGAAAUUUCAGAGACUGCUAUUUAAGCUGGGCUGUUACAUUCAAAAAAACUGCGGGAAAUUUUUAGUGGUUGGCCUUUUGAUCUUCGGGGCUUUUGCGGUGGGAUUAAGAGCGGCCAAUCUGGAGACCAAUGUGGAGGAACUCUGGGUAGAAGUUGGUGGGCGAGUGAGUCGGGAGUUAAGUUACACACGGCAGAAGAUUGGAGAAGAGGCCAUGUUUAAUCCGCAAUUGAUGAUUCAGACACCACAAGAAGAGACUGCUAAUGUACUAACACCAGAAGCACUCAGACAGCACCUUGAUUCUGCACUACAAGCCAGCAAGAUACAUGUAUAUAUGUACAACAGACAGUGGAAAUUGGAACACUUAUGUCACAAAUCUGGGGAACCCAUCACAGAAACAGGUUACAUGGACAAGAUUUUAGAACAGCUUUACCCUUGUUUAAUUAUCACACCACUGGACUGCUUCUGGGAGGGUGCAAAGUUACAGUCUGGGACUGUAUAUCUACCAGGAAAACCCCCUUUGCAGUGGACCAACUUUGACCCCUUAGAAUUCUUAGAAGAGCUGAAGAAGAUAAAUUCCCAAGUAGAUACCUGGGAGGAGAUACUGAGUAAGGCAGAAGUUGGCCAUGGAUAUAUGGAUCGACCUUGCCUAAACCCUGAAGAUCCUGACUGUCCUAUAACUGCCCCCAACAAAAAUUCAACCAAACCUCUUGAUGUCGCCUUUGCCUUAAGUGGUGGAUGCUAUGGACUGUCAAAAAAAUACAUGCAUUGGCAAGAAGAACUGAUUAUUGGUGGCACUGUUAAAAAUGAUACUGGGAAACUUGUCAGUGCUCAGGCUUUACAGACCAUGUUUCAGCUAAUGACUCCAAAGCAAAUGUAUGAGCACUUCAAGGGUUACGACUACGUUUCGCACAUCAACUGGAAUGAGGACAAGGCAGCUGCAAUCCUGGAAGCAUGGCAGAGGAUGUAUGUUGAGGUUGCUCAUCAAAGUCUUGCACAAAACUCUACUCAGAAGGUGCUUUCCUUUACGACGACGACUCUGGAGGACAUCCUAAAGUCAUUUUCUGACGUCAGCGUCAUCCGAGUAGCCAGCGGCUAUCUAUUAAUGCUUGCCUACGCCUGCUUAACCAUGCUGAGGUGGGACUGUGCUAAAUCCCAGGGUGCUGUGGGUCUGGCAGGAGUCUUGUUGGUUGCUCUCUCGGUAGCUGCCGGAUUGGGACUGUGUUCCUUGAUUGGGAUUUCCUUUAACGCUGCCACAACUCAGGUUUUACCCUUUCUUGCUCUUGGAGUUGGGGUAGAUGAUGUCUUUCUUUUGGCACAUGCAUUUAGUGAAACUGGGCAAAAUAAGAGAAUUCCAUUUGAGGAUAGAACAGGGGAAUGUCUGAAACGCACAGGUGCAAGUGUGGCCCUUACAUCUAUUAGCAAUGUUACUGCAUUCUUCAUGGCUGCCUUAAUUCCUAUUCCAGCUCUACGGGCAUUUUCACUCCAAGCUGCUGUGGUUGUAGUAUUUAAUUUUGCCAUGGUUCUGUUAAUUUUUCCUGCUAUUUUGAGUAUGGACCUAUACCGCCGGGAAGAUCGGAGGCUGGAUAUAUUCUGCUGUUUUACAAGCCCCUGCGUCAGCAGAGUCAUUCAAAUUGAACCUCAAGCAUAUACAGAGACCGGUGAUAACUUACGCUACAGUCCUCCGCCGCCCUACAGCAGCCCCAGUUUUGCCCACGAAACCCAAAUCACAAUGCAGUCUACAGUCCAGUUGCGCACUGAAUACGACCCACACACUCAGGUUUAUUACACCACAGCAGAACCUCGGUCGGAAAUAUCGGUACAACCAGUCACCAUGCCACAAGAUAACCUCAGCUGCCAGAGCCCAGAAAGCACCAGUUCAACCCGGGAUCUUCUUUCUCAGUUCUCUGGAACUACAUUGCAUUGUCUUGAGCCUCCCUGUACGAAAUGGACACUCUCCUCUUUUGCUGAAAAGCGGUAUGCACCACUCCUGUUAAAACCAAAAGCAAAGAUUAUGAUCAUUUGUCUUUUUUUGGGCUUACUUGGCCUCAGUCUUUAUGGAACGACUCGUGUGAGAGAUGGAUUGGAUCUCACAGACAUUGUGCCACGGGAGACUCGAGAGUAUGAGUUCAUUGCAGCCCAGUUCAAAUACUUCUCAUUCUACCAUAUGUAUAUUGUUACCCAGAAAGCGGAUUAUCCCAACAUCCAACAUUUACUUUAUGAACUUCACAGAAGCUUCACCAAUGUGACCUACGUCUUAUUGGAGGAAAACAAGCAGCUUCCUAAAAUGUGGUUGCAUUAUUUUAGAGACUGGCUGCAAGGUCUUCAGGAAGCUUUUGACAAAGACUGGAAAUCUGGGAGGAUCACCCUUCACAGUUACAAGAAUGGAUCUGAAGAUGCUGUUUUGGCUUACAAACUUCUAGUUCAGACUAUUUCAAACACGCGAGAUAAACCCCUUAACAUGAGCCAGUUGGCUAAACAGCGGUUGGUGGACGCAGAUGGAAUCAUUAACCCAAAGGCAUUCUACAUGUACCUAACAGCCUGGGUUAGCAACGAUCCUGUGGCCUACGCUGCCUCUCAAGCCAACAUCCGGCCCCACCGUCCGGAAUGGUUCCAUGAUAAAGCAGACUAUAUGCCAGUAACCAUCCCAGAAGCUGAGCCUAUUGAAUAUGCUCAAUUUCCUUUCUACCUCAAUGGACUGCGUGAUACCUCUGAUUUUGUGGAAGCUAUAGAGAAAGUGAGAGCAAUCUGCAAUAAUUACACUAGCCUUGGGAUUCCCAGUUAUCCAAACGGGUAUCCGUUUCUCUUUUGGGAACAAUAUAUAAGCCUUCGUCAUUGGCUCCUCUUAUCCAUUAGUGUGGUUCUUGCCUGCACAUUUCUAGUGUGUGCCCUCAUUCUUCUGAACCCCUGGACAGCUGGGAUCAUUGUGGUUGUACUGGCUCUUAUGACAGUGGAACUCUUUGGCAUGAUGGGUCUAAUUGGAAUAAAACUAAGUGCAGUUCCUGUCGUCAUCCUGAUUGCAUCUGUUGGAAUUGGAGUGGAAUUCACAGUUCAUAUUGCUUUGGCAUUUCUAACAGCAAUAGGAGACAAAAACCAUAGGACUAUCCUUGCAUUAGAACACAUGUUUGCACCUGUGUUGGAUGGCGCUGUGUCUACACUACUUGGCGUAUUAAUGCUUGCAGGAUCUGAAUUUGACUUUAUUGUCAGGUAUUUCUUUGCUGUUUUGGCAAUUUUAACUAUCUUAGGCGCUUUGAAUGGAUUGGUGCUACUUCCUGUUCUCCUUUCCCUAUUUGGACCAUAUCCUGAGGUUUCUCCAGCUGAUGGAAGGAGCAGGCUACCUACCCCUUCUUCUGAACCUCCCCCAAGUGUUGUGAGGUUUGCUGUUCCACCAACUCAUGGUCAAAAUGGUUCAGAUACAUCUGAUUCUGAAUACAGUUCUCAGACAACAGUAUCCGGAAUCAGUGAGGAACUACAUAAUUAUGAGGGCCCCCAGAGAACUGGGGCCCCAGCCCAUCAAGUCAUUGUUGAAGCAACUGAAAAUCCAGUGUUUGCCAAAUCCACAGUGAUCCAGCCAGAAGCAAGCUUUUAUCCAUCAAGCCCAAAGCUACAAUCUAAUCAAGACCCUGGAACCCAACAAACAUGGCAUAAAAGCAAGAAAUUGAAAAGAGAACCAAGGGAAGGAUUUCAACCACCCCCUUACCGGCCACGUAGAGAUGCUUUUGAAACUUUUACUAAAGGGCAUUCCUGUUCUACUAACAGGGAUUGCUCUGGUCAGAGAACUCGUUCUCAGAACAUCAGAAAUCCAGCCUUCACUGCCACAGGCUCUUCUGUGCCACCAUGCUGGCAGCCUAUCACUACUGUGACUGCUUCAGCUUCAGUUACUGUAGCUGUACAUCCUGCUGGGCAUAGCCACAAUCCUCACGGAGGAAGCUGUCCAGCCUGUGAGAGACACCAUGGAGCCGAGCAUGGACAAUCUGAGGAUCCUCAUGUGCCAUUUAAUGUCCGGUGUGAGAGGAGGAACUCUAAAAUAGAAAUCAUAGAACUGCAAGAUGUUGAAUGUGAAGAAAGGACUCAUGGCAAGGGCUCAGAUUAAGGGAAAUAACUGAAGCAAAGAAGAGGCCAAAGAUGGGAGACCUCGUCUUUCCAGAAACGCUUGAAGAGAAACGACUUCAAGUUACGGGGGGGAAAAGGACAAUGCUGCACCAGGACAAAUAUUCCCCUUUACUGUAAUCUAUUGUAAAAUGUUGUGAAUUAUUUCUAUAAAUAUUUAAAAGAUGUACACAUCUGUAAUAUACGAGAGAAACUGUGUAAAGUAGUAUAAUCUGGAGUUGUGUAAACUCCUGUUUAACAGAGUGGGGACUGUUGUUUGUGCUCUGUACUUACUGUACGUUGAUUUCCAUGCCACAAUUAAGCUUAAACUAGUCAUAAAUUUCAGCAUAUGUUGCUGCUGCUUAAAUAUUGUAUGAUUUACAUGUAUAAUUCUAUGCAAAUAUUGCUAAUGUAUUAGGAUAUUUUUGUGUAAAGGUUCAUAAAUAUAUAUAUUUGUGUGCGUGUGUGAGAGAAAGUGUGUUAAAGUAUUUUAAAAUUUUUCAUAUCACAGCCCUGUGGUAGUAUGAAAUACUUCUGUUAACUUUCAAACACGCUAUGCGUGAUAAUUUUUCUUUUCUGUUUUUUCCUUAAUGAGCAGAUAUGAAGAGCAGUGUGUUUAAUGCUGAUGACUGAAGUAGGCAUAGCUGUGUAGUUUGUGUACUGUAACUGUUUUGUGGAGAACAGAUUAUUGUGAACGUUUAACAUAUGCCCUGCUGAAAUGAAUGUAGCACUGAAAGUAUGUGACUUACCUAUAAUUCUCAUAUCUUACUAAUGGCUCACAUGUAAGAGCUUUGGCCAGAAAAUUAUAUGUUGUAUAAUCCCUUUUGCCUUUAAUAACCUACCAAUGCUGGCUAACGCUACAGAUUUGUACUUUUCAGUUCAAUCAGCAUUUCAAGUUUUCAUGGGUGAGCAAAUGUUUGUAAGAUUGCAAUCAGUCAAUAAUAAUUAAUUACCCUAUUUUUCGGAGUAUAAGACGCACCCUUUCCCCCCCUAAAAGGGGGUGAAAAUUUAGGUGCGUUUUAUACACCGAAUGUAGCCCCGUUCACCCACUGGCCCCCACCCUUUGGCCUCUGUCUCCCAGCAAUUUACCUCCUUGCAGCAAGCAGCAAGAAGAAACAGCCCAUUUUAGCUUCAGCACAGCCUAAUUAGCACAAGUUGAUUUUUGGAUCAGCCUCCCAACUCUCAGCUGUUUCAGGCUGCAGGGAUUGCCAUUGCCUAUUGCUGUAUGGGCCUCUGCUGCUUGCUGCAAGGAGGUAAAUUGCUGGGAGCAGAUUUUUUUUUUCUUGUGCUAAUCAAGCUAUGCUGAAAACGAAAAUGAAAAUAAAGCAGGCUAUUUGCUGUUUGCUGCAAUGAGGCAAAAUUGCUGGGAGGCAGAUUUCUUUUUCUUGUUUUCCUCACCAAAAAAGGUAGGUGCAUCUUAUAGUCCGGAGCAUCUUAUACUCCGAAAAAUACGGUAAUAAAAUUCCACAUCCAGUCUAAACAGCUGGCUCUGUGACAAAAGAACCACCAAUAAUAAUAACAAUAUGGAACUUAACAAUUGUUAAUACCACCAUAAAAAAAAUAGGAGUGCAAUGAUUGGGAGCCAGCAUUUGUAAGUUCUAGGCUUCUGAUGUAUUGUACUUGUCCAUGAGCAAACUACAGAAACUGCCUCUGCUGACUGCACCGUGGCUAUAUCGCCAGUGAGAAUAAAAUAGCCUCUUGUCCUCACUGCAUCAUCCCACGUACUCAAAACAGAGUAAGAACAAGAUGCUAGAAGCUAAAUGGUAAAAGUUUGGUGUGUUUUAGAACUGCAUUUCAUUAUCAUGAUUGUAGAUGGUCGUGGCUGCAAUAUGUAACACAACUGAUGUAUUUGAUCUUUUUUGUCCCAACAUUUUAUGAAACCUUCAGGUUAGUCAAAGAACAUUUCCAUUCAGAUUAUCAGAUCUGAAAACAUGUCCCUUUUAAUGUUGUCUUCUCCAAGCUGGCAACCCUGGUGUGUUGUACCGUAGGCCUUUUAAUCAGGAAGAUACCAGGUUGAGAAAUACAUCGUAACUAUUAAUCAUUUAGAUCAGGGGUGUCCAAACUUGGUCCCUUUAAGACUUUUGGACUUCAACUCCCAGAGUUCCUCAGCCAGCUUUGCUGGCUGAGGGACUCUGGGAGUUGAAGUCCAAAAGUCUUAAAGGGACCAAGUUUGGACACCCCUGAUUUAGAUGUUUAAAUAAAGAACAGUAUUUUUCAAAUUUGUAAUAACAAAAAGUUGCCAUAUUAGGUAUAUCCCAGCAAGAAAGUAAGAUGGUUCAUUUAACACUAUUUUUAUGGCUUUCAUUUCUCAGAGUGAAAGAGCAACAAAUGUAUAAAAUAUAUAGUAAAAUAGGAAGGAAUUAAUUGAAGCAAUCAAGUAAGAAAGGCAAAGUUUCGAAAGGAUACCAGAAGACGUAAGCUAUAGAAAUUAUUGAUACAUGCCCUGUAUUCCAUAUAAAACUACAUAAACUUGAAGGUUUUCAUCAGAAAUUUAGUAAAAGUUUUAUCCUUUCAUUAAAUGUUCUUUUAAGUUUUCAAUUUUAUACAUUCUUUCUGCAUUUCAAAGAAAAAAUAUUUGUUUUGACUAUGAUAUGAAAAACACAGAGUCAGCAUGGAUUUUCUACCAUCUUUGUUAACAUUCUGCAUCUUAGUUUGAAAUAGUAACAGAGGCUGGAAAAAAAAUGAGAUUAAUUUUCUCUGCUGUGUCCGGAUCUCAUGAAAAGAGGAAAUUCCUGCAUUUCUUCCAUAUGUUGCAUGAGCUGCCCUUACAACAUCAUCAUCCACCACUAAGAGAAUUCUCCUUUUCAACAAAGGGGCAUGAGAGACAACAUGCAAACAGAUCUAUAUAUAAUUUGAGUUAAAGCAAGAUUAUACGCACAGUGAUAAAAAUACACUCUGAUAGCAUUUGAAAGCAGUUUCUUGCUGGUGCAUAGCUCAGCAAAUACUCUUCUGAACACACCUAAGUGAGUGAAAGCUUUACACAACGCAUGUUAAAUUUGAGGCUUGUGCUUAUCCAUCAGCACUCAUAUUUGAUAAGAAGUUCUGGAGCAAUUGAUUUCACCAAAUUAGCCAAGAGCAGCUAUGUCUAAAAAAAACCCCUCAUAUAUUUAAACAAUUUUUCAUCAACCAAUCUUAAUAUCUAAAUUCAGCUUAACUUUAGUAAGAAGUAGUGUCAUACAGAUAAACCUUGGUAGCCCGAAUUCCGUGGUCCUCAUGAUUAUUUUAGUUAUUAUUACUGAUUAAUGAUUCAGUGAUUACUAAUUCAGUGAUUAAUGCAGUAAUCUCCCUAUUUAGUCAAUGUUUAAAUAGAGUGAUACCUGUCUUUUGCUCAGUUUCUCAUCUCUCCCUGCUAUAUAUCUGUCAUUAUAAUACAUUAACCAGCAUGGCCCUUUCAGCUCCAACAUUAGUAAUAUAUUGAGGCAAAAUUGUUGAGGUUAUCUGUCUAAUCUGAAUUUUCUGUAGAGCAACUCGGUAGCUCAUUGUCUCCGUGGUACGAAAGGCAGGAAAUCUCACUCUGUAGGCCUAUUUUGCCACAGAAGCAUCUAAAUUAUGGUAAAGUUAAAUUAUUAUAAAGAGAAACAAUCUUGCAAAGUUGGUACCAAUUGUAAGCUUAUAUUCUCUGCCGGGUAUUGGCGACUCAAAAGUUACAACAGUUGCUUAUUUGCUUCGUGUUAUUUUUUUAAGAAAGAGGGAGAAAGUAAGCAAGUACAAGAAUGUAGUUUUCAGUAGUCCUCACCUUAACUUUCCUCGGUGUGUGUGUUUGUGUGUUAGAGAUAUUUUUGCUUUUUUAUUUUAUGGGAUUGCCUACUCCUUGGCACAUAGUAUAGACCAUUUUCUCUUGUCACAUUGGCAAAAGAUUUCAGUGAUCAGCUCUUCUAUGUUUUUAAAUGAUAAAUUGUUGAUAUUUAUAUUUUUGUAUCAUAAGAAUGUUUUCUUACAGUAUUUGUCAUGCCAGUUUAUAACAAACAAAAUGCAGGGAUUUUAUUUCUAUUGGAAACACUAUUACAGUUAUGUUUUUACUUUUAAUUGAAAUUUUUAUUUGUAUACAAUGCUUACUAAUGUUAAAUAGGAAGAGAGUAUAUAACAUUUACAUUAAGAACUCAUUCAGUAGGGUUUUUUUAGAGUGAGAAGUCGAAAGGUAAAAAUAUUCAGAUAUUCAGACUGGUUCUCAUUGCCUGUUUUUAGCAGGAAUGGGUUUGUAUUUCAGUUACAAAGAUAAAAGUAUGCCAUAUAAUUUAUUUAUAUGAAAAUUUAUUUUUGUAGUGUACAUAGUAGUCCUCAAUUCUUUUGACAGAAUUAUAUUUUUAAAAGAGUUUAUAUGUGACAAUACCAUUAUGUUUUGGAACAAUGCUGAGACAUAAAAUACAACGCACAUUUUUCACGAUAUCCCAUUUGCAAACAAAAUCAAGGUCAACAGUAUUAAGGAGAGUGUGGAAUAUUGCAUGUCAUUCUGAACUGUUUUAGGGUUACCAUUUUGUGAUCUAGUGUGGUUCUCAAUUUUAAAUCAUAAAUGAAAAUUUGUACAAACUCUCUAAACAUUAAUGUUCAAACACUGAUAGAAAUUCUAACAUGAAUAAAAAUAUUAUAACUUA